GUUGACUUUCAGGUACUCUGUGUGCUGUCUAUUGCCGUCGCGGUGGUCUCCGCUCACGGCUACUCCUCCCAGUACGUGCACAAGUACGACGGUCACCACGAGCCAGUGCACCACGGACAUGAUCACCACGACUACUACACUCACCCCAAGUACGAGUUCGAGUACAAGGUGGAGGACUCUCACACGGGCGACCACAAGUCGCAGCACGAGCACCGCGACGGUGACGUCGUCAAGGGACACUACUCGCUGCAUCAGCCCGACGGCUCCGUCAGGGACGUCCACUACCACGGCGAUCAUCACACCGGCUUCCAUGCCGACGUGAAGUUCAGCACUCACCACGAGGUACUUUGUGUGCUGUCUAUCGCCGUCGCGGUGGUCUCCGCGCACGGCUACUCCUCCCAGUACGUGCACAAGUACGACGGUCACCACGAGCCAGUGCACCACGGACAUGAUCACCACGACUACUACACUCACCCCAAGUACGAGUUCGAGUACAAGGUGGAGGACUCUCACACGGGCGACCACAAGUCGCAGCACGAGCACCGCGACGGUGACGUCGUCAAGGGACACUACUCGCUGCAUCAGCCCGACGGCUCCGUCAGGCACGUCGACUACCACGGCGACCAUCACACCGGAUUCCACGCGGACGUGAAGUACAGCACACACCACAUCGUGCCUCAUCAUCAUUACUGAAGGAUCUUUCUCUAAUUCCGUAGACUGAAACUGAUACUUUGAUAACUGGUGAAAUAACUUCAUAGUACCUUUUAUAAUGUUUGAAAAAUAAAAAGUUA